CAAGCCCGGCAGUUACGCUCCAUCAUGGCACCGGUAGUUACGCUCCUUAUCUCAAGCCCUCCCGCCACUCUCUCUUCCCUCUUAUCAUUCCGUCCAAAACCACCAUUUUUAGAUGCACCCAAACAUCAAAACCAACAACUUCUAAAUCAUGGAGUUAAGUUCCGCCGUAGAGAUUGUGCUUUGCUCUCAUUUCUCAGUCUCAUGCCUUCUCUCUCACAUCCUGACCCAGCCAAUGCUUUCUCCAUUGGAAUUUCAGGACCAAAGGAUUGGCUUAAAGAACAAAAGAAGAAGUCCUCCAAGUUUCUUUUGGCCCCAAUCGAUGCCUCACGACAAAUCCUAAACUCCGCCUAUCUAUCACUCACGGCUAGAGAAUCUGAUUAUACGGAGAAAGAAUUAGAGGAGGUUCAAACGAUGUUGAAAUCUGCAGCUAGAGAUUGCAUUCCUCAAGAGAGAAACUCCUUUGUUGCAUUUCAAGCCAAUACAGGCGUAGAGGUUUGCACAUUCCGUUUGAUAGUGAAAAAUGCUGCGUCGUUGCUUGAUAAUAAGGAUCCCAAAAAAUUGGAAGCUGAAGCUAUAUUAAAUGAUCUUAUAAGAUCUUUUACUUUGCUCAACGGUGUGGCUGGUGAUGCUGAUAUCCAACUCCCUUCGACAAGAAGACAGAAGUUGGCGGAUGCUCUCGUGGAUACUGUAGCUUCCCUUGACAAAUUUGAGCAGGGCAUUAAGGACUGCCUUGAAAUUUAGCCGUUCUGGUUUUCUCCCGCAGUUAAAACCUAUGUUGUGUAUUCUGUUCAAGAUUUUGCAAUGCUUUUGUUUUGCUGGAGUUGGCUUUACCCUUCUAGGUACUGCAACUAUGGAAGUUUAUCUAUUUCCGCUUGCUCUUUGAUGUGUCCACUUUUUGUUUUCCUUUCCAUUUUAUGCCUUUUCUCUUGUUUUAUGUUCUCCAUCCUUUGGUUUAUAAACUGCAAGCUACUGUAAUAUUAUUGCGGAAAAGAAGAUAGUUUGCAUUAAGUUUUCCGAAAUGCUACUCGCUCAAUAAAUAAUAUUAGUUUGUAAAGCGCUCUCUCUCCUUUUCCUCUAAAAGCCCAAGGAUAAAUGUUACUUCAUAAUGUUAUAUAGAUUUAUUAUACUUCUGAAGAAGUUAUUGUGCCAAUCUUAUUUUCCGAAAAUAGAGCUACACAAUCUUACUCAAAUUUUACUGAAGACAGAAGUUGGCGAACGCUCUCAUGUGGCUUAGGACAAGAGUAAACAACGCAUAGUAUGUAGCAUAUUAUCACACAACUCAAAUGCUGUGCUAUGGCAUGGUUAUGUGUAAACAUUUUUCUGUUCCUUAGAACAAGCUACA